GGCUCCAGAGGCAGGUCUCUUCCAGAAUCAGGCCCAUGUAGGUUUAUUUGGAAGAGUCCAAGUGGGAAUUCCCGUGUACAUUGUUCGGAUCUGUCACCUGUGGGCAGAGGUAGCAGGAGAUGAAGGAGGGUGGGUCCUGUGAGGCCGGGCUGGGGAGAAGUGACCCAGAUCCAGUGAGGAUCCCUGUACAGCUCCCUUAGAGAGCACUCAAAGGAGAUCUACUGCUCAGAUUUAAGAAGUAUUAUAUGGUUUUAUUAUCGUUCCUCCUUAGAAAACCAAGCAAACACCUCAGCUGGCCACAGAAACUACUGCCUUUUAACUAUUGUGGUAUUUGAGGUGUCCCCAAACCUUUGGCAUACCCAAGGCUGUAUACCUGUCCUUAGGUGCUGCUCUGAAUAAAAGCAAGUUCCUUUUCCCAGCAGUCUGAUCUCCUGAAAUACAUCCUGUGAAGAUCUGGUGCUAGCAAAAUGGAUCCCAGAGUGAGGAACUGCUUGGAAAAAAACUCCAUUUCACACCUUAUCAGGGUGUGGCUAGCUGGAAAACCUGCAGCCUGAGAUUAAGGAGCUUGCCCAGCGCCUUCGCUAUGAAGUUUCAGUGCGUGGAAAGCAGCUGGGGUGGUCUGAAAAGGUGGCCAGGUCCCACUUUGCCCGGAACAUGCGGAGGAUUGUCACGGAACUGUACAUCCGGGACAACUGCCACCCCUUCAAGGCCACCCUGCUGCUGUGGGUGCAGGUGCCCAUGUGGGUGUGCGUGUCCCUGGCUCUGCGCAACUGCAGCAUCGGUGCCCUGGGCUCUGAAGUGCAAGAACAGUUUUCCUCGGGAGGAGCACUGUGGUUCACAGACCUCACAACACCUGAUUCCACAUGGAUUUUGCCAGUGUUCCUGGGGCUGGUGAAUUUGCUGGUGGUGGAGAUCUUUGCUUCCCAAACAAAAAUGCCAAUUUCACGGAUCCAGAGGCUUGUCACCAACUUCUUCCGUGCGGUGUCCGUGGUGAUGAUCCCUAUUGCUGCCACAGUGCCUUCUUCCAUGGCGCUGUACUGGCUGUCCUCGAGCCUGGUGGGGCUGUCCCACAACCUCCUGCUGCGCUCUCCUGCCUUCCGCCGCCUGUGCCGCAUCCCCAGGACCCCGUCCCACUCGGACACGCCCUACAGGGACAUGCUGGCUGCCUUGGCCACCAAGUACAGCUUCAGGAAACAGCACCUCUGAGCUCCAGGAGGAGCUGCAUCAGCAGUGAAUUCAUGCUGUUCUAGUGAGAUGUACUUAUUUGCUGUAUAUUUAUUUUCCAAAUAAAAUGCUGGCUGGCCACGAGGAAGGAUUGGUCAGCAAAAAUGUGUC